AUCUAUCAUUUGUUUAACAUUCAGUUUGUAAAUAAAAACAAAGCAUGAUUUCACUAUCAACACCAAGUUUUGCCCAUCUUAAAGAAAAAGAUUUUGAAAAUGUUUAUGAACCUGCGGAAGACACUUUUUUAAUGAUGGAUGCAUUGGAAAAAGAUUACCAAACCAUCAUGGAAAGCAAGCCUUUAAUAUGUGUGGAAAUUGGUCCAGGUUCUGGCGUGUUAAUCACUUUCUUGGCUUCUAUUGUUCAAGAUGCGUAUUACAUAGCAAGUGACAUCAAUAAUUUCGCUUCAUAUGCCACUCUUCAAACAGGUCAAGAAAAUCAUGUUAAUAUAAACCCAAUAACAGACAAUCUUAUGUCAUCACUUACUCUUCGCUUGACAAAAAAAGUGGACGUUUUGCUUUUUAAUCCACCGUAUGUUGUUACACCCUCUGAGGAGGUUGGUGGAACGCAGUUGUCUGCAGCAUGGGCUGGCGGAAUAGAUGGUCGAGAGGUUAUUGAUAACUUUCUACCAGUUGCAGUUAAACUUCUUUCAGAUAAUGGCUUGUUAUAUUUACUGCUACUCGCACAAAAUAAACCUGAUGAAAUUAUGUCCAUCAUGGCUUCGCAUGGCUUUCAUUCGUCAGUAAUUUUAAAAAGAAAAGCAGGACCAGAGUAUCUGUCUGUUGUAAGAUUCUCAAAAAGUGAAAUAAGUUGACAAAAAAACAUUGCAGUCAAGAUGAGAUGCAGUCAAGUAAUAAAACACAUGGUGACGAAUCCACAUUACCCUCUAAUUACAAAGACCUCAGUCAAUGACACAGACCUUGCGAUCUUUGUCUAUAAUUUCAAUUUCAGACUAUGCCAUCCAAACCGAAGUUACGCAAAAGUACAAUUGUAGCAAUUGUCUAAAAGAUUUAUUAGAAGAAGGGCGAAACCAUGAAAGCAACUAAAAAGAGAAUGUACCUUUUUCCCCACGCGACAUUGUUUUUGUAAAUGCUGUUUUCAAGUUUAUAAACCUUUUUAAAAAUACAAUGUACUAUAGAUAUGUCCUUUGUACUAUUGACUUAAAAUUUUAGAUUUCAUAAUCUGUUGUAAAAAAUAUAUUUACGUAAAAAUAUAUUUUAUAUUUAUUAAAAAAACUAAAUUGUACAAAAUUAAAAAUGUGCGUCUAAAUAAAUUUUAUAAAUGUGUAUAAACACGAAUUA